GGAGUGUGUGGCCCCCAGCAGCCAUCUCCAUGAGUCAGGAGGACGGAGCAGGGCCCGGGACCCCAUCAUGGAGACUCCACCUCACUCACUGAUACAUGAGGAGAAGAUCCUAGAACUCACCCACAGGAUCACAGAGCUGCUGACUAGAGAGAUUCCUAUAAGGUGUCAGGAUGUGGCGGUCUAUUUCUCCAUGGAGGAGUGGGAGUAUGUAGAAGGACACAAGGAUCUGUACCAGGACAUAGUCAUGAUGAAGAAUGACCCCCCAGGGGUAGACGAGGACAUAAUCCACAUGACUAGGAGGACACUAGAUAUGGCCCUAGAGAUGAUCCACGUGAUAUCUGGAGAGGAUUACAUGUUAGUGAAGAACACGUCUGGAGACAUUUUGACCCCUUGUGUAACAGGAGGACGACAGAGCAGGGCCCAGGGCCCCAUCACGGAGCCUCCAUCUCACUCACUGAAUAUUGAGGAGAAGAUCCUAGAACUCACCCACAGGAUCACUGAGCUGCUUACUGGAGAGGUUCCUAUAAGGUGUCAGGAUGUGGCAGUCUAUUUCUCCAUGGAGGAGUGGGAGUAUGUAGAAGGACACAAGGAUCUGUACCAGGACAUAGUCAUGAUGGAGGAUCACCGGCCCCUCACAUCACAAGAGAGGGGGCAGCACAUUCCCUGGUUCCUAUGGAUCCCGGCCGUCUAUGUAUUGAAGGGGAGCCUGACAGCUGGGACUCACCAUAGUUACAGAGAGGACAUUGUACACGCGGGGCUCCUCUUCACUUCACAGGUUCCUAUAAGGUGUCAGGAUGUGGCGGUCUAUUUCUCCAUGGAGGAGUGGGAGUAUGUAGAAGGACACAAGGAUCUGUACCAGGACAUAGUCAUGAUGGAGGAUCACCGGCCCCUCACAUCACAAGAUGGAAUCAUUGAUAGAAAUCCACCCGAGAGGUGUCCCUGUCCUCUGUAUUCCCUGGACUGUCCAGAGGGAAAUGUCCCAGAGAAGCAUCAGGGUGAAGAUCUGAUGGAUAUUAAGGUUGAGGUUAAAGUUGAACCAGAAGAGGAGACGGAUUUCGGGGCCGAUCAGCAGUAUGGAGUCAUUGAUAGAAAUCCACCCGAGAGGUGUCCCCGCCCUCUGUAUUCCCAGGACUGUCCAGAGGGAAAUGUCCCAGAGAAGCAUCAGGAUGAUUACCUGACUAUUAUUAAAGUGGAGGAUGAAGAAGAGAUCUUCAGGAGCGAUCCACCAUGUAUGAAGGAGGAAAUUCCAGGAGGUGUUGUCCCAGGAAAUCCCAGUAAGAAUUCUGAGGGAAACGUCAUGUUAUCCCUGAAUAAUAAAGAUGGAGAGAUCAUGGAGCGCUCCUCAGGAGAAGAUGGAGAGAUCAUGGAGCGCUCCUCAGGAGAAGACCUCCUUACCUCUAAUGUCCAUCCAGAUCUAUCCUAUAAUAAUCCCCCUGAUCAUGAGGAACCUUCUCCUGACCAAUCACAGACUGUUAGUCGAAGAACAGGUCAGAAAGGGGGCAAAAAGUUUCAAUGUGAUGAAUGUGGAAAACUGUUUACAGCAAGCUCAAGUCUUCAUACACACAGAAGAAUUCACACAGGAGUGAAUCUGUAUUCAUGUUCAGAUUGUGGGAAAUGCUUUACAAGUAAAUCAAAUCUUGUUGUACAUGAGAGAAUCCACACAGGAGAAAAGCCAUAUUCAUGUUCAGUAUGUGGGAAAUGUUUUGCGAACAAAUCAACUGUUGUAAUACACGAGAGAAUUCACACAGGAGAGAAACCGUAUUUAUGUUUAGAAUGUGGGAAAUGUUUUGUGCAUAAAUCACAUCUAGUUACACAUGAAAAAAUUCACAAGGGAGAGAUGGCAUAUUCAUGUUCACAAUGUGGGAAAUGUUUCACUACUUCAUCAAAUCUUGUUAAACAUGAGAUAAUUCACACAGGAGAGAAGCCAUAUUCAUGUUCAGAAUGUGGAAAAUGUUUCGCAAGUAAAUCAGACCUGGGAAAACAUGAAAAAUGUCACACAGGAGAGAAGCCGUAUUCAUGUUCUGAAUGUGGGAAAUGUUUUACGACCAGACGCAAUCUUGUUACACAUGAGAUCAAUCACACAGGAGUUAAGCCACACGCGUGUUCUGAAUGUGGGAAGUGUUUUAUUACUAAAGUCACCUUAAAGGAUCAUCAGAAAAUUCACACAGGAGAGAAGCCACAUUCAUGUUCAGAAUGUGGGAAAUGUUUCAUUACUAAAAGCAAACUGAGGGAUCAUCAGAGAACUCAUACAGGAGAGAAGCCGCAUUCGUGUUCAGUAUGUGGGAAAUGUUUCAUUAAUAAAGACAAACUACGGAAUCACCAGAAAAUUCACACAGGAGAGAAACCGUAUUCAUGUACAGAAUGCGGAAAAUCUUUCAUAACUAAAGACAAAUUAAGGAAUCAUCAGAGAAGUCACACAGGAGAAAAGCCACAUUCAUGUUCAGAAUGUGGGAAAUGUUUCAUGACUAAGGAAAAACUAAGGAACCAUCAGAGAAGCCACACAGGGAAGAAGACAUUCCUGCCAGGUACUGUGGAUCCGGAGGCGGAUCCUGCCAAAGACGUCCGCAUCAGUGAGUAUAGUGGGCUUCCACCUCAUCCCCUCCUUAUCUUACACAACCACAAAGAGGGGCGGACGACGUCCGGGGAGAUCUCCAAAGAGGGGCGGACGACGUCCGGGGAGAUCUCCAAAGAGGGGCGGACGACGUCCAGGGAGAUCUCCAAAGAGGGGCGGACGACGUCCGGGGAGAUCUCCAAAAAGGGGCGGGCGACGUCCGGGGAGAUCUCCAAAGAGGGGCGGGCGACGUCCGGGGAGAUCUCCAAAGAGGGGCGGACGACGUCCGGGGAGAUCUCCAAAGAGGGGCGGACGACGUCCGGGGAGAUCUCCAAAGAGGGGCGGGCGACGUCCGGGGAGAUCUCCAAAGAGGGGCGGACGACGUCCGGGGAGAUCUCCAAAGAGGGGCGGACGACGUCCAGGGAGAUCUCCAAAGAGGGGCGGACGACGUCCGGGGAGAUCUCCAAAAAGGGGCGGGCGACGUCCGGGGAGAUCUCCAAAGAGGGGCGGGCGACGUCCGGGGAGAUCUCCAAAGAGGGGCGGACGACGUCCGGGGAGAUCUCCAAAGAGGGGCGGACGACGUCCGGGGAGAUCUCCAAAGAGGGGCGGGCGACGUCCGGGGAGAUCUCCAAAGAGGGGCGGGCGACGUCCGGGGAGAUCUCCAAAGAGGAGCGGACGACAUCCGGGGAGAUCUCCAAAGAGGGGCGGGCGACGUCCGGGGAGAUCUCCAAAGAGGGGCGGACGACGUCCGGGGAGAUCUCCAAAGAGGGACGGGCGACGUCCGGGGAGAUCUCCAAAGAGGGGCGGGCGACGUCCGGGGAGAUCUCCAAAGAGGGGCGGGCGACGUCCGGGGAGAUCUCCAAAGAGGGGCGGACGACGUCCGGGGAGAUCUCCAAAGAGGGGCGGACGACGUCCGGGGAGAUCUCCAAAGAGGGACGGGCGACGUCCGGGGAGAUCUCCAAAGAGGGGCGGGCGACGUCCGGGGAGAUCUCCAAAGAGGAGCGGACGACAUCCGGGGAGAUCUCCAAAGAGGGGCGGACCAUAGUGAAGAAGACAUGGGGGGAGUGUGUGGCCCCCAGCAGCCAUCUCCAUGAGUCAGGAGGACGGAGCAGGGCCCGGGGCCCCAUCACAGAGCCUCCACCUCACUCACUGAUACAUGAGGAGAAGAUCCUAGAACUCACCCACAGGAUCACUGAGCUGCUGACUGGAGAGGUUCCUAUAAGGUGUCAGGAUGUGGCGGUCUAUUUCUCCAUGGAGGAGUGGGAGUAUGUAGAAGGACACAAGGAUCUGUACCAGGACAUAGUCAUGAUGGAGGAUCACCGGCCCCGAACAUCACAAGAUGGAGUAAUUGAGAGAAAUCCACCCGAGAGGUGUCCCUGUCCUCUGUAUUCCCAGGACUGUCCAGAGGGAAAUGUCCCAGAGAACCAUCAGGGUGAAGAUCUGAUGGAUAUUAAGGUUGAGGUUAAAGUUGAACCAGAAGAGGAGACGGAUUUCUGGGCCAAUCAGCAGUAUGGAGUCAUUGAUAGAAAUCCACCCGAGAGGUGUCCCCGCCCUCUGUAUUCCCAGGACUGUCCAGAGGGAAAUGUCCCAGAGAAGCAUCAGGGGGGAGAUCUGACUAAUAAUAAAGUGGUGGAUGAAGAAGAGAGGAUGAGGGGCCAUCACCCGUGUAUGAGGGAAGUGAAGGAGGAAAUUCCAGGAGGUGUUACCCUAGGAAAUCCCAGUAAGAAUUCUGAGGGAAACGUCAUGUUAUCCCUGAAUAAUAAACAAGAAGAUGGAGAGAUCAUGGAGCGCUCCUCAGGAGAAGAUGGAGAGAUCAUGGAGCGCUCCUCAGGAGAAGAUGGAGAGAUCAUGGAGCGCUCCUCAGGAGAAGAUGGAGAGAUCAUGGAGCGUUUCUCAGGAGAAGAUGGAGAGAUCAUGGAGCGCUCCUCAGGAGAAGAUGGAGAGAUCAUGGAGCGCUCCUCAGGAGAAGAUGGAGAGAUCAUGGAGCGUUUCUCAGGAGAAGAUGGAGAGAUCAUGGAGCGCUCCUCAGGACAAGAUGGAGAGAUCAUGGAGCGCUCCUCAGGAGAAGACCUCCUUACCCCUAAUGUCCAUCCAGAUCUAUCCUAUAAUAAUUCUUCUGAUCAUGAGGAACCUUCUCCUGACCAACCACACAUUGUUACCACAAGGACAGAUCUGGAACAUGGGAAAGGUUUCUAUUGUGAGGAAUGUGGGAAAUGUUUUAUAAAAAGAUCAGGUCUUAAUACACAUAGAAAAAGUCACACAAGAAAGAAGCAGUAUGUGUGUUCAGAAUGUGGGAAAUACUUCAUAAAGCAAUCACAUCUUCUAAGACAUGAGAAAAGUCACACAGGAGAGAAGCCAUUCUCAUGUUCAGAAUGUAAAAAAUGCUUUGUAAGCAAAACAGAUCUUGUUAUACAUGAGAGAAUUCACACUGGAGAAAAGCCAUUUUCAUGUUCAGAAUGUGGAAAAUGCUUUGUAAGUAAAUCAAGUCUUGUUAAACAUGGGAGAAUUCACGUAAGAGAGAAGCCAUAUUCAUGUUCAGAAUGUGAGAAAUGUUUUGUACAGAAAUCACAGCUUGUCAGACAUGAAAUGAAUCACACAGGCAAUAAGGCAUAUUUAUGUUCAGAAUGUGGGAAAGGUUUUACGAGUAAAGUAGGGUUUGUUUUACAUCAAAGAACUCACACAGGAGAGAAACCAUUUUCAUGUUUGGAAUGUGGUAAAUGUUUCUUAAGUAAAUCAAAGCUUGUUAGACAUGAGAGAAGUCACACAGGAGAGAAGCCAUAUCCAUGUUCAGAAUGUGGGAAAUGUUUUACUGAUACAUUUGUAUUAAUUAAUCAUCAGAGACUUCACACAGAAGAGAAACCAUAUUCAUGUUCAGAAUGUGGGAGGUUUUACAAGUAAAGCAGGGCUUGCUUUACAUAACAGAAGUCACACAGGAGAAAAGCCAUUUUUAUGUUUAGAGUGUGGGAGAUGUUUGUCAAGUAAAUCCCAUCUUGUUAGACACGAGAAAAGUCACAAAGGAGAGAAGCCACAUUCAUGU